CAACGCACGGCGCCCGGGGCACGAGCACGACAGGCCAGGCUUCCUGUCUCCCACACACGACCAGCCGCCCUGCCUUCGUGCACAGCCUCUUUCGACGAUGAGCUGGUUCGGGAAUUCGGAGCCAGAGCCGCCUUCGGGGCCCAGUCCAAUGGAUCUCGCCAAGCAGGAGGUCGAUAUGUACUCUGACUUAUUCACAAAGAUGAGCGGCUUGUGUUUCAAGAAGUGCGUCGUCAAGAUGCACGGGGAGUCGGACCUUAACGUUGGGGAAAUGAGCUGCGUGGAUCGAUGCGUCAGCAAGUACAUGGAGGCGCAGGAAAAGGUCGGCGUGAUCCUCAAGCGAGCAGAAGAGAGCUUAGCGGCGCAGCAGGGGGGGGCAGGGGGGCCAGCGGCGGGCGGGGUGCCUGGGGUACCAGGGAGGUAGCUUCCUUUCUCUGCUGGUGCUGUGAAAGACGUAGAUAGCCUUGUGCCAGCGGAAAAGCCAGAGAGGACGAGGGAGUAGAUCAUUGGGCCAACGUGGGCGGGAAUCGAUCAGAGCAUGCCGCGAUUACCUUGUCACGGUACGUGCCUCGGUGGUGCAUGCGGCGAAACCAACGAUUUUGAACUAUCGCUUCACCAGGAGCUUUCUUGUGGUUGUAGCGUGCUCGGCUUACAUGCGCUCGGAUGGCGUGUGGGAUCGUGUUCCUGCCAGCUGCGAAGGUGGCACGUUUUCUUCAAUUUUUCUAUUCUUAAUAUUUGUUGCGCGGCGACCAUACCUGGGUUUGUGUGAAGGUCACGUCGACGGCUUACCACCCGCCUCCCGCAAGCGGGUGCCACAUCGAACGCGAGCGGGGCGUUACCCCGAGAGCCUGUCUAUAAGCCUGCGCGGCUAUCGACGCAAACGCGUAGACACGAAUUGCCUGUAGUCUCCUUUUCGUUGCUUACGAGUCCUUUUGGAACAGUGGUGUUGCUCCAAAGUGAGCCCUGAGUGCCUUCCAGGCACAAGUUGGCCGUGUGGGACAGAUAGGUCGCCCACUUUUGCCGAAUAUGUCCGGCACGGGCGGUGGUGUAUGCCCGGCGGGUUUCUACGGUGCCCCCGAACUUUGCGUUCCACAAGGAGACAGCUCUUUGUCGUAACGGCUUCCAGUAUCAUACCCAUCAUUUCUUCCGCAUGUCUGGCCACACAAUAGCAGAUGUGUUGAAACAGAGGCCAAAAUUGUCAAGCAUUUUAAGCUUUGGUGAAGGGCUCUCUGGUUGCUAAUUGCACACAAGUGAUGGGAGAUGAUACUUCGGAAGCACGAAGAUAGAUCUGGAAGUGAAACGGCUGCACGAGACUGCCCGGUUAACCGUUACUAGACUGAUGAGUG